CCCCCGUACGCCCCGCCCCCCUGUACGCUGAGUGUGUGCGGGAUGUAGCGGGCGGGGCUGUGCGGAGUCCCGGUGCCGGGUAUAUAGUGCGAUCCCGGGGCCACAACAUGCAGUGUACGGGCCCCCAUCUCUGCAGCCUCUAUCCCCGGGACAUCACUCCUCAUUGGUCAGACGGGAGGAGACGGUACUUCCCGGUAUACAGCACAGCGGACGGGACAUGGGUAGAGGGAGUGUGAGGAUCUCCGAGUACUGACUUCAAACCGACACCUACCGCUACUCGUCCUCUGACAACAGCCGGCACUUCUCCGACACCCACCUGUCCUCCGACACCCACCGCACCGGGACUAUGAACAUCGUACUGGAGUUCUUCCUCGUCACUUUCAAGGUCCUGUGGGCCUUCGUGGUGGCCGGAGCCAAGUGGCUGGUCCGACCCAAGGAGAAGAGUGUGACCGGCCAGGUGUGUCUGAUCACCGGUGCAGGGAGCGGCCUCGGGCGCCUCUUCGCUCUGGAGUUCGCCCGCCGCCGGGCACAGCUCGUCCUAUGGGACAUCAACACCGACAGCAACGAGGAGACGGCUGGCAUGGUCCGAAACAUCUACCGGGACCUCCAGGCUGAGGACGCCCUCAGGGCAGGAAAUCAUGUUGAGGAAGAGGUGCUGCCGAGCUCCAAUCUCCAGGUCUAUACAUACACUUGUGAUGUAGGCAAGCGAGAGAGCGUCUACGCCACGGCCGAAAAGGUGCGACGGGAAGUCGGCGAUGUCUUUCUGCUGCUCAAUAACGCCGGCGUGGUCUCCGGACACCAUCUCCUCGAGUGCCCAGAUGAACUCAUUGAAAGAACUAUGAUGGUUAAUUGCCAUGCGCACUUUUGGACCACAAAGGCAUUUCUUCCAAAAAUGAUGGACAUGAAUCAUGGGCACAUCGUUACUGUUGCCAGUUCGCUGGGGUUAUUUAGUACCGCAGGUGUAGAGGAUUACUGCGCUAGCAAGUUUGGCGCUGUGGGUUUCCACGAGUCGCUCAGCCACGAACUGAAAGCUGCAGACAAAGAUGGGAUUAAAACUACUUUGGUUUGUCCCUAUCUAGUGGACACAGGCAUGUUUCGAGGUUGCAGAAUCAGGAAAGAAAUCGAGCCUUUCCUCCCGCCCUUGAAACCAGAUUACUGUGUGAAGCAGGCCACGAGAGCCAUCCUUACAGACCAGCCGAUGAUCUGCACGCCUCGUCUCAUGUAUAUUGUCACCUGCAUGAAAAGCAUCCUGCCGUUUGAAGCCGUGGUCUGUAUGUACCGGUUCCUCGGAGCAGACAAGUGCAUGUACCCUUUCAUUGCUCAGCGGAAACAAGCCACAAACAACAAUGAAGCUAAAAAUGGAAUAUAAAUUUCCUUAAUUAUUUAGUGUAAAUUUUUUAUUUUUUUUUGUCUCGUGAUUAGACUGAUCUCUAUUGUUGAACAGUCAACACAUUUUAAGACUGAUUCAGAAAAGGCACUUGUGUGACAGAUUUACAUAUGGGACUACUUCCCCCUUUUUUUUUUUUUUUUUCCCUACACUACGUCUUUUCCUUAUACUCGUGGCUGGACUCUAAAACAAAAAUGAAGAAUCACGUAUUAAUUCACACACUGUAAACUUGCCAAGAGAUUUGAAAAUGUGACCAACUAAAGACCUACGAUGAGCUUAAAUGUAGCAAUAAACUGUUUCUGUAGAGCUACCAGUUUCUACAAAUGCUACACAUGUUACAUUAGCUUGCUUUAAAGAAAAGAGAGGAUCAAUAAAGCUGCAGAUCUAAAACCUUAGAACAAAUUAAGAUGUCUGUAUAGCAACCUGCUGCUUAACCGUAUAUUUUUUUUUUUUUCUAGUAACUUUUAAAGCAUACUUUUAAAGCACUGUGAGCUGGAUCUUUAUGCAAGCUGGAGCAAAGAAUUGUAGAGCAAAACCAAUGCAUUCGUCCAAAGCAGCCAAUCAUGUCUCGGCUUUCAUUUUGUUUAAGGAAAUUAAACCAGGAAUGUGGUUGCUCUGCGCAUUCUUUUUGUAAUAACUUUCCGCUGAUUUUCCAUGCCAACAGAAUUGGGAAAACCAAAAUAAACUUAUCCUUUUUAGAAGUCAGAUUCUCCCAUUCUGUUCUUGAAGAAUGUGUUUUCUGGCUCUAUCGUAAUGACAAAGGAAAAAUAAGCAACCAUUCAGAUGCCUGCUUCCAUCUCGACGACAAGGAGAAAAUGCAAUGUAUAAGAAAAGAGCUUAAUUUAUAGGCCUUGUAUACCUCGGUGUUAGCCUAGCCCGCAAAAUGAACGCUGUUACUAUAUUUCUUAUGUAUGUCCUAUGGUAACCCGUUGCCUACACCUUAAGGUGUCUGUGUAUGUUUUGAGCUUCAGUUAUUUUUAUAUAAAAUAUAUUUAUAACUGAUCAAGAACUUGGGGUAGUGCAAACUGGGGUUCAGAAUCUGUGGGUUUGUUUUAUAUGGUCAAUAUACCUUGGUGUGUGUAUAGUACUUGCCAUCCUAGCAUGUUUACCAGCUAACUUUAGUGGGUAUACAAAUCAAAGAAAAUUGCAAUUUCACUGUGAUUAUUUAUACCCACAAAACUUUGGCAGUCUUUUUAAAGUGGAUGUAAACUGCCCUAACAAAAUUUUGGGCCCCCCAGGAGCGGUUUGCAAUAACAUACCAGUGUCCAUCAUAUUGCCAUGUACGGCAGACUUGCAAUACAAGCAAUCCCCCUCCAUUGCAAGAAUUUGUCAUCUUCUGGGUUCUAAGUCUUCGGCCUCAUGGUUGGCCAGGAUGAUAUAACGCCCAAGCAUGCGUAUGGAAAUUAGUACAGCUGCACAGAAAUGUGCCCAGACAUUGUACACUGAGCUGCUUAUGCACAACUUUGGUACAAACACUGACAAGCAAUGAGAAGAAAUUAUGACAGAAGAGUCUCCUCUGCUAUAGAAACCCUACCUGUUGGUUGUCUCUUAAAAAAAUAAAUAAUAUGACUUCUGUGUUAA